UAUAACACCAUACUGGGUUGGCUCGAGUCCCACUUUACUGUUUUGCAUCUAGUAUUCCUGUUUUUUAGACAGGAGUAUGGUCACACUGUAGCUUGGUAGAUACCAUCCAGGUUCUUCUCUCAGACAGACAGACAGACAGACAGACAGACAGGAUGAGUCGCUUUCUGAACGUCCUGCGGAGCUGGUUGGUGAUGGUGUCCGUCAUCGCGAUGGGAAACACCGUGCAGAGUUUCAGAGAUCACAGCUUCCUGUCAGAGAAGCUCUACACAGGCACGCCAGAGUUUGUGAAUGGUCUCCAAGCUCGAACAUUUGGUAUUUGGACAUUGCUGUCAUCGAUCAUUCGCUGUGCCUGUGCCAUUGAUAUCCAGAACAGAACGCUGUACCACAUCACCUUGUGGACGUUUGUGCUGGCGUUGGGCCACUUUCUGUCCGAGGCCUUCAUCUACAAAACUGCGCCUCUGACUAUUGGGGUCAUGGCACCUCUCAUUGUGGCAAGUUUCUCUGUCAUAGGAAUGCUGAUUGGAUUCCAGUGUUUUCCAGAGACACAAGAGGAAGUCGGAGCACGACAGAAGAAACGUAACUGAAUCCCAGCAGUUUUGGAUUUAGGAUUGUUGUUGUCCACUGAACCCACUACCAACACCACCAGACAGCUGUGAAGUGGACUGGUUGUAGUGUGUCGCUUCUUGCCUUGAAGAACAUGAGAUGUGGAUGUGCUUUCAUCUCCUACUGUCAUGCUUAAUUAAGACUAUAUACAUGGUUUUUAUGGUUUUUAACUGGAGAUUUUAGUUAACAGUGCAAUCAUGAAGUGUUUGACAGAGUCACUUCAAUAUACAGUCAUGUUACACUGCAGCGGUUGAUGUGUGCUGGUUUCAGCAAAAACCUCAGAGGGUUUUAAACUGAAACUUGUCAUAAAAAAAGAGUUUUUGUUUUGAGACUUUUAAAAUGUGUGGUCAUGACUGUGGUGUUGUUGAGUGAAAUGACUGCAGAAAUAACCCAGAGCGGAUUUCUCUCCGAAUGUUGAUUGUUUUAUUUCAGUAGAUUAUCACUUCCUAUUCAUUUUUCUUUUUUAAAUUCAUGAUUUACAAAAGAACUCAGAUGACUGUACAGUACAAAACUAUGUUCUUCAUUACAAGGUAUCACAAACACUUCUAUCAGCAGUUGUUCUAAUGUUUGUUCUGUGCUGUGAAACAGUUUGUACACCCCUUCAAUUUCUGCACAAUUAUUAUCCUAUAAAACCCUUUUUAAAAAAUGAAAUGAUUUGAUUCUAUUUCAGUAUCAAGAAAAUG